GCAGGCGUCUGGGAGCGAUCCCCUUUUGCCGCCAGCCGCGCCAGACUACCCGCCAGCCGCGCUGCCGUCCCGACCCGCUGGGUGAUGCUGGUCCCGGAGACGUCAAGGCGGCAGAGGACGCCACGGCCACCGGCUCCCAGGCCACGGCGCUGUCGCCGCCCAUCUCUGACCUCGUCCGUCGAUCCGCUAAUCUUUUCCGAUCCACGUCAGCCAGUCAACCUGCAGUCAAAUGUCGACCUCACCAACGCCCAUCGUCGCGCCGACCAGAGCCCCCGUUUGUCCGACCAGAGAAAGGGUCCGCCCAUCGAAAAGGCCGCGUCGGAACAUGGCUCCCACUCCCCGGCACCUGUCGUGUCCAAUGGCGACGUCGCGGCGAAACCGGCGAAAAAGAAACGACGACUCCCCCGCGGCCAGCUCCCGCUCGUCCCCUCAGUAUAUGUAGACGUCGAAGCAGACGUGGCAGCUGACGAUUCGCAUGCCUACGACAAGGCGGCCGCCUACUCUCAGCCAAGCGACCCGAUUGAGGAGGCUGAUGUCCCACAAGGGAAAAGGUCACUCCGGGGCCGCGGCACAGCACAUUCCGUCAGCCCUAAGGCGCGGCUCAGCAGCUUGAAGAACAUGAUAAAGCUACCUAAGCCGUCAGCUGAUAAACGACCAGAAUUGACCAUGUUCAAGCUACCACGGGAGGCGAAUCGCAAGGCGAAUUACAAUGCCUGGCUAUCUCGACAUGGUUCAGACAGUUUCACUGGCCAAGAGCGGUCUGUGCCGUUUAAGCAAACAAAACGACGCGGACGACGAGGUCCAUUGGCCACUAUCUCCAAAAGUCUCCGGGUGGUUUCCGACAAACAGUCAGCUUUUGUUUCACAGGGUCGUGACCUUGCCUCUCCAAGCACGCUCACCCGGGUGCAACAGAUCUCAUCACUUUCUCCCGUACCGUCGGUUCCUCCAAAACGAGGCGAUCCUCUACUUCAACAUGCUAGGCAGGUACAACUAAACGUAAACGAUUCAUUGUCAAGUUCGUCGCCUUUGGUGAGGUCGAACCUGUGUCCCAUGUUAUCUCUACCGUUAACUAGGACCAUGACACCUGCUACGACUCCUAACAACAACGAACGGACUCAUAAAGCCUACAAUAACCAAGUUACCGAAGAUUAUGACCUUGAUUAGGGAAGCGAUGACCAAUUACAGUCAUCUCAAAAUAUACAUCCAAAACGGUUAGCAUUAGCC